UCUAGACGAUAAUAGGGGCUAUAAAAACGAGAAAAGGAGUCUCAGAACUGAGGAGGAAAAAUCGAGGAUCUUAAAUAACAAGUUGAGAAAAAAAUGGAAAAUAAAAGAAUGAAGGUUUUGAUUCUACUGUUGCUGACAUUAUCUGCUUACUGCUUUGAUAAAGAUGAUGUCAAAACUUGGGUUCAGGAUUCCCAGAAGGAUCAAAUUCAAAUUCACAAAGAUAUCAAGAUACCACGAAGAGUUGCCCAUGCUGUGAUAAGAAGACAGAAACGAUCCUAUGAUUACUAUGAAAGGUGGUAUCCAAGAGUGAAAAGUCCACUAGAGUUGAAGAUGGAGCAAUGUGAAAAUUAUUGGCCUUGUGACCAUAUGUCCGAAUUGGUUGGCUUCUAUCAGGCCUAUCAGCAAUAUUUUGGCCCUGUCUGAGAGAAGCAUUUCAAAAGAAUGGAUUGACAGUGUGAAUGCUCUGACACUACCCCCUAUCCCAAUCUUCUACAUAUUACCGUGCUUCAUAUGAAACAAUCACAAUAUAUCUACAAGCA